ACAGAUUGCAAGUUUGCAACCAACUUCCGUGUGUAAUUAGGAUUAACCGAUUAACUGACUAAGCAGAUUGGAAAGUUCAACGCAAUUACCCGAAAGAACAGUUCGAUGUGUUGCGUUGAAGAACUACUUUUUAAAACCCCAGAAAAUCACCCUUCUUACAAGACCGGUCAAAUCCAGUAUUUGAAUUGUCAGUUUCACAAAAAUCCAUGGCAAUUCCUUCACAUGGACGCGCCAGUUUUUCUACUCAGGCCAAUGCUCUUCUCCGGAAAAAUUUAAUAUUUCAGAGACGAAAUAAACGUUCGAAUUGUUGUCUUGUAAUAUUCCCGAUUUUACUUUGUAUUCUUCUUUCUGUGUUACAACGAGUGAUAGACAACCAAUUGAACAAAGAAAAGUACAAAUGUGGUUGUGUUCAAGUUAAUGGUACAACUGAAUGUGGGAUUCAAUAUUCGACAUUGGAUCAAGCUGUCAGUUGUUCAAUCCCUAUCCCCCAAAAAUGGCCUGCAUUGCUUCAAGUUCCGAAUCCUGAAAGUCGUGCUGUUAGAACUCAAGGUCUUACAUUUCCAGACUUGCCUAAUGAGUCAUGUAAACAGACAGGUUCUUGUCCAGUCACUCUACUUGUGACUGGAAAUAAUCGAACGUUAGGGCUAGGCUUGGCCAGCAACUUGUUUCCUACAUCUUCGCCUGUGAACUCCUCCAACCUUUUACUUAGUUUGGCCAACAAUGUCUUGGGAUCAGCUUCGAAGCCACAAGCGCAGAAUUUUCUGGAUCCUGCUUACACCUCAGGCCUUCCCCUAUACUUUGUUCAACCACUCUGCCAGUCUAGCUUGACAUUUUCUUUGCCUUUAGAUAUUAUCUCGUCAACUUUGCAGCAAGAUGUAUCAUGUGCUCAAGGUCUUCAUCUAUGGCGCAAUAGUUCUUCUGAUAUUAAUGAUGAGCUUUACAAGGGUUACCGUAAAGGUAACCCAGAAAGGAAGAUCAAUGAGUUUGUGGCAGCGUAUGAUUUCCUCAAUUCAAAUACGAGUAACUUUAAUGUGAGCAUAUGGUAUAAUGCAACAUACAAGAAUGACUCUGGAUUUUCCCGCAUUGCAUUGCUACGUGUAGCACGCUCAGUCAAUCUGGUUUCUAAUGCCUACCUACAGAUGGUGUACGGAGCUAGUACCAAAAUACUUCUCGAGUUUAUCAAAGAAAUGCCAAAGCCUGGAACUCGGCUUAGUAUUGAUAUUUCAUCUCUCCUCAGUGGACAGUUUUUCACAUAUGUCAUUAUAGCACUAUUUCCUGUUGUGUUGACUGCUCUGGUUUAUGAAAAACAGCAGCGAUUGCGUAUCAUGAUGAAAAUGCAUGGGCUUGGUGAUGGCCCAUAUUGGACAAUUUCCUAUGCUUACUUUCUAGCUUUGUCCUUAAUCUACAUGUUAUGUUUUGUGAUAUUCGGAUCACUUAUUGGGCUAAAAAUCUUUACGACAAAUGAUUACGGCAUCCAAUUUGUAUUUUAUUUCAUUUAUAUAAACUUGCAGAUUUCAAUGGCAUUUCUCGUGGCCCCAUUAUUCUCGAAUGUUUUAACUGCAAGAGCUGUAGGUUAUUUACUGACGUUUGGCACUGGACUAUUAGGAGGAUUCCUAUUUCAAAAUUUUAUUCAAGAUACCUCAUUUCCAAGAGGAUGGAUUAUUGUUAUGGAGCUAUAUCCCGGAUUCUCUCUGUAUCGAGGUUUAUAUGAGCUUGGACAAUAUUCUUUUCUUGGGGAUUAUAUGGGCACACAUGGUAUGCGGUGGGAAAACUUAGGUGACAGCAACAACGGGAUGAAAGAGGUUCUGAUCAUCAUGUUUGUUGAGUGGCUGGUCGUGCUCCCUAUUGCAUUUUAUGUUGAUCAAGUUGUAUCAUCUGGGAGUGGUGUGAAGAGAACUCCUCUAUUUUUUUUCCGUAGUUUGCUGAGGAAGUCCAACUCUGUUUCACGGAAGCAUAGUUUACAAAAGCAAGGAUCAAAAGUCUUUGUUGACAUGGAGAAAGCUGAUGUUGUGCAAGAGAGGGAGAGGGUGGAACAACUAUUAUCAGAUCCAAGUUCAAGCAUUUCCAUAAUUUGCAACAACCUUAGAAAGAUGUAUCCUGGAAGGGAUGGAAAUCCUCCAAAGCUUGCAGUCAAAGGAAUGUCUCUUGCUGUGCCUCGUGGUGAAUGCUUUGGGAUGCUUGGCCCAAAUGGUGCUGGAAAAACCUCCUUCAUCAGCAUGAUGAUUGGACUCACAGAGCCAACAUCUGGUGCAGCAUUUGUCGAGGGUUCAGAUAUCCGCUCUCAGAUGAAUGAAAUAUACACCAGCAUGGGUGUUUGCCCCCAGCAUGACCUACUCUGGGAGACCCUAACAGGAAGAGAGCACCUAAUAUUUUAUGGCCGACUUAAGAACCUAAAAGGUUCUGCCUUGACACAGGCAGUUGAAGAAUCUUUGAAAAGUGUCAACUUAUAUCAUGGUGGCGUUGCUGACAAGUUCGCUGGGAAAUAUAGUGGAGGAAUGAAAAGGAGGCUUAGUGUUGCUAUUUCCUUGAUAGGUGACCCUAAGGUUGUUUACAUGGAUGAACCAAGUACUGGAUUAGACCCUGCUUCAAGAAAUAAUCUGUGGAACGUUGUGAAGCAAGCAAAACAAGACAGAGCUAUUAUUCUUACAACACAUUCUAUGGAAGAGGCAGAAGUUCUGUGCGACCGGAUAGGCAUUUUUGUUGAUGGCAGCUUGCAAUGUAUUGGAGGCCCUAAACAGCUGAAAGGAAGAUAUGGAGGGUCCUUUGUAUUCACAAUGACGACUUCUGCAGAGCAUGAUGCAGAAGUGGAAACAAUGGCGAAAGGCCUCUCUCAAAAUGCCCAAAAGAUAUACCAUAUUUCAGGAACCCAGAAGUUUGAGAUCCCUAAACAUGAAAUCCGAAUUUCUGAUGUUUUCAAAGCAGUUGAGAACCUGAAGAAGAGAUUCACAGUCCAAGCAUGGGGUCUUGCAGACACCACUUUGGAGGAUGUUUUUAUCAAGGUUGCCCGUCAAUCUCAAUCUUCCGAUGUUCUCUUAUGAUCACAAAAUUCAAGUUUUGUUACAAUUAGUGUUACGUCCCAUACUUAUAUACAAAUAUACAUAUACUACCAAGCAUAUAUAAUCAGCUCUCCACAUUUAGCUAUAUUUGAUGUAAUACAGUUGAGUUCCUAAAUAAGAUCCUGUACAGCAAUAACAAUAAUAAAUAAGAUUUCCUUUGAUUUUUCUAACAGCAACUUUGUUACUUAAA